ACACCGCUCUCUUCACUACUAAACAUUUAUUUCAAAAAUGACAAAGCUGUUGCCAUCGCCGUUUAGCUCAUUACUCGCCGUCGUUUUCAUCUCCCUAAUCUCCAUCGUCCACUGUUGCUCCCCUUCCGACCAGACCGCUCUCAAUGCUUUCAAGUCGUCCUUGAGCGAACCAAACCUCGGAAUCUUCAACACCUGGUCCGAAAACACUGACUGCUGCAAGGCAUGGUACGGUAUCAGCUGCAAUCCGGAUUCGGGUCGGGUCACGGAUAUUUCUCUCCGCGGCGAAUCUGAAGAUGCGAUUUUCCAAAAGGCUGGCCGGUCCGGUUACAUGACCGGUUCGAUAGACCCGGCGGUUUGCGAUUUGACCGCACUCAGUUCCCUCGUGCUCGCCGACUGGAAAGGAAUCUCCGGCGAGAUUCCGCCGUGCAUAACCUCCUUAGCUUCUCUCCGUGUCAUCGACCUCGCCGGAAACAGGAUCACCGGAGAGAUUCCGGCGGAAAUCGGGAAACUCACCAAACUCGCCGUUCUGAACCUCGCGGAGAAUCGGAUGUCCGGCGAGAUACCUCCGUCGCUGACGUCACUCGCCGAGCUGAAGCAUCUCGAGCUGACGGAAAACGGAAUCUCCGGCGUGAUUCCGGCGGAUUUCGGAUCGUUGAAGAUGUUGAGCAGGGCGUUGCUGGGACGUAACGAACUCACCGGGUCGAUUCCCGGGUCAAUCUCGGGUAUGAAACGGUUAGCUGAUCUGGAUCUAUCCAGGAACCAUAUCGAGGGUCCGAUACCUGAGUGGAUGGGUAAAAUGAAUGUACUCUCUGUUUUGAAUCUCGAUAGCAACUCGUUAACCGGUCCGAUCCCCGGUUCGAUCCUUAGCAGUUCCGGUUUUGGAGUUUUGAAUUUGAGUCGAAAUGCGUUGGAAGGAACCAUACCGGAUGUUUUCGGAUCCACAACCUAUUUCAUGGCGCUUGAUUUGUCACACAAUAAUCUAUCGGGUCGGAUCCCGGAUUCGCUCUCUUCAGCUAAGUUUGUGGGCCAUCUAGAUAUCAGCCAUAACAGGCUUUGUGGGCCUAUUCCAAUGGGCUCUCCUUUUGAUCACCUUGAGGCGUCGUCGUUUAGUGACAACCAGUGUUUGUGCGGUGGCCCUUUGAUGAAGACAUGUUAAAGUAAUAAAUAAGGAAGUCUCGUGUCGCUCUUGUUCGUCUUAUCCAGUUUGUUUAUAUUCUUCGCUUGCUUUCCUUUUCUUGAGAUUAUAAGCUCUAUACAGCUAAUCUGUUCUGCUAGCAACGAAUGGCUACACCGAUCCAAAUCUGUUCCUGGUGUAUGGGUAUGGUAGAGCAUGUAUAAUGUAUCAUGUAUAAGCAAUGUUAUAGAUCUUAAAUGUUUUAGAAAUAUAUGUCUUUUGAAAUA